GGUUGCACAGGGUAAGUGGCGUUGGCCAGGAGGCAGUGGCGAAGGGGAAGGAAAGAGGAUUUGGGCUGGGGGCGGGGCCUGCGGCACAGCAUGGCUCCUGAUUGCCGGAGCGCGGCUGCCAAUCUCACAGAAUCGCUGGGUUAACCAGUGCGCUGGCGAGACGCGCUCAGAUAUACUGAGUGAGCCCUGAGAAGCAGUCUCAGAUCCUGACGGUGUAGCAGCCCGCAGCCUCAGCCGGAGAGUCCCAGCCGCUUUCAAUGGAGGAGAAGCCCGGCCAGCCACAGCCUCAGCACCAUCACAACCACCACCACCCGCACCAUCACCCCCAGCAGCAGCAGCCGCAGCAGCCGCCGCACCACCAUCACCAUUAUUAUUUCUACAACCACAGCCACAACCACCAUCACCACCACCAUCACCAGCAGCCUCACCAGUACCUGCAGCAUGGAGCCGAGGGCAGCCCCAAGGCCCAGCCAAAACCGAUGAAACAUGAGCAGAAACACGCCCUCCAGCAACACCAGGAAACGCCGAAGAAGAAAACAGGCUAUGUUGAACUAAAUGGUAAUGCUGGAGAAAGAGAAAUACCUUUAAAGAGCCUGGGUUCUGAUGAAGCUACCAACCCUAUUUCCAGGGUCCUCAAUGGCAACCAACAAAUUGUAGACACUAAUCUGAAGCAGACUGUAAAAGCCAGCACCUUUGGGAAAGCAGGAAUUAAAACCAGGAAUUUCAUUCAGAAAAACAGUAUGGACAAAAAGAAUGGGAAGUCUUACGAAAAUAAGUCUGGAGAGAACCAGUCUGUAGACAAGACCGAUACUGCAGCAAUUCCGAAUGGUGUUGUGACAAAUAAUUCUGGGUAUAUUACUAAUGGUUAUAUGGGCAAAGGAGUAGAUAAUGAUGGUAGCGGAUCAGAGAGUGGAUAUACCACUCCUAAAAAAAGGAAAGCUAGGCGCAAUAGUGCCAAGGGUUGUGAAAACCUUAAUUUAGCACAGGACAAAAUAAUGCAGCAAGAGACCAGUGUCCCAGCCUUAAAACAGGGACUUGAAAGUUUCAAGCCUGACUAUAGUGAACAAAAGGGAAAUCGAGUAGAUGGUUCAAAGCCCAUUUGGAAGUAUGAAAGUGGACCUGGAGGAACGAGUCGAGGAAAAUCUGCUGUGGGUGAUAUGCUGCGGAAAAGCUCUGAUAUUAAACCUGCUGUGAACAGCAAAAAGUUUGAUGAUCGGCCCAAAGGAAAGCAUGCUUCUGCUGUUGCCUCCAAAGAGGAUUCAUGGACCCUAUUUAAACCACCCCCAGUUUUUCCAGUGGACAAUAGCAGUGCUAAAAUAGUUCCCAAAAUAAGUUACGCAAGCAAGGUUAAGGAAAACCUCAACAAAACUGUACAGAACUCGUCACCAUCUUCAUCUUCAUCCUCUUCAUCAUCUACUGGGGAAACUCAGGCCCAAUCUUCAAGUCGGUUAUCCCAAGUCCCUAUGUCAGCGCUGAAAUCUGUUACUUCGGCCAACUUUUCUAAUGGGCCUGUUUUAGCAGGGACUGAUGCAAGUGUAUAUUCUCCAGGGGGUCAGCCACUGCUAACUACUGCUACUAAUACUCUAACACCCAUCUCUUCUGGGACUGAUUCAGUUCUCCAGGACUUGAGUCUGACUUCAGCAGCUGUUGAACAAAUUAAGUCUAGCCUUUUUAUCUACCCUUCAAAUAUGCAAACUGUGCUGUUGAGCACAGCACAAGUGGAUCUACCCUCUCAGACAGAUCAGCAGAACCUGGGGGAUAUCUUCCAGAAUCAGUGGGGUUUAUCAUUUAUAAAUGAGCCCAGUGCUGGCCCUGAGACUGUAAUUGGGAAGUCAUCAAAUCAUAAAGCAGUGGAGGUGACAUUUCAAGGGGAAUAUCCUGCCGCUUUGGUUCCACAGGGUGCUGAAAUAAUCCCCUCAGGAACACAGGAGCAUCCUGUGUUUCCCAAGGCUUAUGAGCUGGAAAAACGGACUAGUCCUCAAGUUCUGGGUAGCAUUCUAAAAUCUGGGAUGACUUGUGAGAGUGGAGCCUUACCCUUGGAACCCAGUCAUAUAGGUGACCUGCAAAAAGCAGACACCAGUAGUCAAGGUGCUUUAGUGUUUCUCUCAAAGGACUACGAGAUAGAAAAUCAAAAUCCUCUGGCGUCUCCUACGAACACUUUGUUAGGCUCCGCCAAAGAACAGACAUACCAGAGAGGCCUAGAAAGGAAUGAUAGCUGGGGUUCUUUUGACCUGAGGGCUGCUAUUGUAUAUCACACUAAAGAAAUGGAAUCUGUUUGGAAUUUGCAGAAGCAAGAUCCCAAAAGGAUAAUCACUUACAAUGAAGCCAUGGAUAGUCCAGAUCAAUGAAGAACCAGACUGCCUAUUUGUAACUUUUCUGCAGCAUUAGAGCCACCAUUCAUGGGGGACACAAGGCUUUUAUGCUCCUAGAUCUUCAACGCAGCAAAGGAACCAUAAGUAGAAUCACAGGAUAAUAUAUACAAAUAUAUAUAUAUAUACAUAUAUAUAUAUAGUUAUUUAAAAAAAGGCAACUGAAAGUAAUUAGACUUCUUAAGGAAUCAAAUUUAUUUCAAGAGACUACACAUGGUUAUUUAAUCUCCGGUACCGAAUCGUUUUUUUAUUUUUUUUUUCUUCUUUUUUCUCUCGUCGUGUUUUUAAGUGUGAAUGCAAGUGAUUAAUGAAUACAGACUUAUUAACAAGCGUGGUUCUAAAGUUCCUGCUGUCAUCAACUUGGGCAACAAAUGACCCACUGGAAAGGCAGAUCCACUUAAGAGAUCUCUGUAUCUUGUUCUGUGACUAAAGUGAUACACUAAUCACAGGGAACCCAGAAUGAUUCAACAUUUUCCCCCAUUCCUCCCUUGAUCUUUAGUUGUGUUUUGAGCCCUGCGAGAAUGCUGGAUAAAUGCUUUGAAGUUUGCAGGGGUAUAUUUUUUUUUUAGCGAUUAUGAUUUGCAUGUCUUGCCAGGAGUUAAGCAGCCUCUGUGGGGUGUUGGGGAAAUAUUUUCUUCUUUUAUUUUUUUGUGGGUUUGGGAAUAGGGGAGGGCAUUGAAGUUCUACAAUUCUGGAAUAGUUGGUGAUGUAGUUCACUUUGCUUCAGUUACAUAUUGGACUUUAACAAGUCAAGAAUCCAUGAGUGUCAUUUUAAAAAGUUACAGAACAAACAAUUGGCUUUAGGUAUUUAAUAUGGAAAAGUACUCCUGUGCCCAUAUUUUAAUGUAAUCGUAUAAGUGGGAGCAAAAAUAUAUUCUGCUUUUCAACUGUAGGUGCUCCAGACUUGCUCUCUUGUCACUAACACUAAAUGUGCUAUUUUCCUUGUUUUUCAUCAAACAUCUAAAGAGAAACUUCCAUACUUUUCUGAAAUUCUCUUUUUAAUUUCUCAGAAAUAGCUAAAAGGGGAAGAAAAAAUUCCAUGAGAACUAUGAAACUAUUCAUGUUUUUAGCAAGUUGAGGAGGUAAUAAACCCUGCCUAUAGAAGGUAUGUUUUCAUGCAAACUAUACUUCUGAGCUUAUUAGCUUCUAAUUAUAUCUUAAUAAGUAUAUUUUAUUACUAGAGCAAAAUGGGUUUUUUAAGGAAAAUAAUGUGAAAUUCUGGAAAUUUUGGGCAGAGAAGAGCAUUAGCCCUGUCUUAUCAUCACAUUGCCAUCCUGUUGCACUGUAGCUUGUAUAUAGCAUGCUAAAAUAAAUUUUUUUGUGUGUGUGUGCAGAAACUAAGGGUCCAAUUUAAGAUUGGGUGAUGUGUUAGUGGCAUAAAAACAAGUUCUCUGGCCUGACAUAGCAUCACAUCUCACACACACACAUACACACACACACACACACAGAAAUGAGUAUAUCCAUGUGUGUCAAAUACAGGUUAAAAUAACAGGGCAUUUGAUAUAGAGGAGUGUAGUCUUCUAAUAAAAGUAGUCUGGAAUCCCUGGGGUAUUUGGGGGGAAAAUAACUACUUUUGCUCAACCCUUUUGCUUAAGAAAUGUCCAGUUUUGAGCGACUGUAGUAUGGAUGAGUUUUUUUGUUUUGUUGGUUAUAUGAGGCUUUUAACAAGUAGUUUGUGAAAGAAGCUGUUGGAUUCAACAUAGAAUAGAGAAAAUAUCUUUAUAGUUUGAAUUUCUGCCCUGCUUAGAUUUUAAAAGUAUAAGCAUGGAUUGCCAAUUCCACUUGAUGUAAACAACUUUUUAUACAUAAUAUAUAAUAAAAUAACUUAUUGUAUCAGUCCAGGUUCAGAAACUUGUGGUAGGCCAGUUCCAGAUAGUUUCAUUUCACCUGUAAACUGUAUCACUUUUACUGAUAUUGUAAUUUUCAAAUGUAUAAUAUGUUUACAGAUGUGCCCUGCAUUUAGUCUGCCUUGUUCCUAUUUUGAUUUUUGUUGAGUCUCCUGCCUGCUUGCCAAAAGCUAGGAUGCUUCAGGCCCAUGUACAAUUGAAAGCAGAGGCAUCCUUGAGCUUUAAAGCAUUGAACAAACUGGAAAAUGCAACAUACCACAUAACGGAAGUGAAAGAAGUCUGUGCUUUUGUGUUUUUUUUUUUAAAUAAAAAUUUUCAAAAAGUUUUAAAAAAAGAUAUAUAAGGUUGAUUAAAAGUAUAAAAAGGCUCCAGUUUGUUUUAUAGGUUUUAAAGUUCUGCUGUGUGUUCAAUUGCCUUGUGUAACCACUUGUCGCCUUAGGGCCAGAUCCCCUACGCACCCCACCUUGUUCCCCCCUCCUUUUUUUCAAUGUCCAUUUAGUUUGCCUGAAACUUAAAAGCUCUUCUGUCUCACAACUCACAAGAAACUUUCUGGGUUUGUGACACAUAGAGGUUGAACGAAUAUGUAUUUAAAAAGGGAGGGGGAAAAAACCAGCCCCCAUCUGAAUUGGGCUUCUUAAUUUAGAAGCAACACUUUAAAAAUAUCUUCUAAGAAGCUGUUACUGGCUUUCCUUUUUCCCUUCCAUAUCCCUCAGGCCUCCAUGUUGAGAGAAGCCAAAAACAGAAUGUAUUCCUUCUCUGUUUGUCCAAAGGUCUUUUGAGAGUCUCACUUCUAAAUGGAACAAUGCAACAUUUCACUUUUAUUUCUCCACUGAAAUGUCCUUGAUUGUAUGGUUAGAGGUAUAUAGUUAGGAAUGUCUCAACCUUCUGGGAACCCUAGUGCCCCAUCAUAUUAACUGUCAGUAUUCUUUGGGCAUUGGGUUAAUGGACUUAAUUGCCUAGGUACAAGCAGGACUUUGGGACAAAUCUCCUUUGUGCUGUUUGGUAACACUUAACUCUACUUGUUGAAGUCUUUCUCCUUAGGUCCUCACACAAUUCCUUAUAGAGCACUUAUUAAAAAAAAUCUUAAGAGUUAAUCUGUUUUCUGAUUAUUUUUGUGUAGACUUCUAAACAAACUUCAGCUGUGAUUGAUUUAGCACAUUUAAAUUGACUAUGUGUUACUGUUGCGUAUAAAGAGUUUUCCUUCAACUCAGAGUAUUAGUACUGUAGCAUAAACCAAAUACAGUCUAGAGGGGAUUUUUAACAUCCCUCCAUUAUAAGGACUGAAAAAGGUGUGUGUUGUGUGUGUGUAUUUGUUGAGGGUGUGUGUGAGGAAAAGAGGGAGAAAAUAAAAAUUAGUAAGUGAAUGUGUAAAACAUUAGUAUUCAGAGAAUGAACUUGUAUUUAUUUUGUGCCAUUUGUUUUCAUUACACAAUAAAGUCAGGUGGUUUUAAUCCUUAAAAGGGUAGUAUUUGAAAAAUGGCACUAAGAAUGAAAUCAUGACCUAUAUUUUUAAUAGCUAUGAAGAUACUAAUUAUGGGUGAAGAUUUCUUUUUAAGUGUGUCUUGAUUGUAGGCUUCUGUGUCACAUACCACUCUUACAGAUGUCUUGAAUAAUUUCCCUUCCCCACAAAAGACAGGGUGUAAUCUUUCUCUUUGUUCACCCCUACUUUGCUGGACUGAAGUUAAUUGCAUAGCCUUUCCUCUGACCUUAGUAAAGAACUUUCACAUAAAGUAUUUACAGUAUCUGUAGUUGGCCCUUCCUCCUCUACCUUCUAGGAGGAGAUAGACAACUAGGAAUUUGUUAACAAUUUGUUUUUUCUUGACAUAAAUGGCUGGAGAGGUCUCCCAUUUUGAAAUUUUGCCAUUCUCCUUAAUCAUCUGCUUGCCUAGUAAUCACUCAGAAUCUAAAAAACUAUAAAGGAAAAAAAAGUGCAGCAUUGUUUUUCCACAUAGUUUUUAGGGAAAAUAUGAUGAACCUGUUAUGAGUGUUGUCCACAAUACAAAAUGUUUUCUUACCAAACAUUACAUAGCAGCUGUUGUUUCAUACUUGGUUGGUAGGCUUGUCGCUAACUCAAACAGAAGCAUCUAAUGGUUUGUCUUUUCUGUCAACUUUUUUAAACACGUAAAAGCCAUUUAGUGUAAAGUGGUCAUGUACCAAAUGGCCACAAGCAAGGAAAUCUGGAUUUUAAAUUCCACUAGUCAUUCAAGACUUUAAGAUAAAUAGAUUUAAAGUGUCGCUUCCAAGGAUGAGUAUAAUUAUGCCACUGGGCCGGGUCUUCAACACAUGAUUCCUAUAUACCUAUGCUGACUGCAAAACAUACUGUAGUGGGACAGACAAAUAUGCACAGUAGUUAUGAUCGGGUCUGUUGGUGCUGCAUAGUUGAGGUAGAUUCUGAAUAGGCAGUGUCUUAUCCUACUCAUAACUGCUUGAUUUUAAAAGGGUGGGAUUUGUUCAUUUUUUUCCUCCUGAAGUAUUGGUGUUUGUUUAAAGGGGAGGGGCAGAGGAGAGAAAAAGACUAGAAUUAACAAUAGCUGCUCUUAAGUUUGCAGAGAUGCUUAGGUUAUUGUUCUUGGUACUGAUAAUAUUUUUAUUGUGAUUCAUCGACAGAGCACCAGGAUUCUUUUAUGGUGAGGAUGGGCUUCUGCUUUCAGUAUCUUAAAAUGUUUUUUUUUAUGUAUACUUAAAUCUGUUCAGAUGUCUAAGGACCACCCUGGGUUGGUUUAAAGAAUGAUGAAUCAUUGGCUCACUCAAAAGCACUCUUUUUGGAGUUUCAAGUUAUGUUUCACACCGUUUUGCUACUCAAGAAGGGUUUUAUGAAUAAAUAGUUUUAAGUUGUCUGCAUAAUGGAACCAUGAAUGGUAUGUUGCUUUUGCGUUACUGGGAGUGUCAAAUAGCAGUUAAAGGCUAGGAACCUAUUGAACAGCCAUCCUUACUUGGGAUUGCUGAUUCAGACUUCCCUAUUCAUAAAAUUUUCUUCAUGUCCAGAGUUCUAAAGCCAUUUUGUAAUACUGCAGUAUCCCUUUUCUUACAGCCUUAUUAAAAUAGCUACAAACAUUUUUCAGUGCAGUGUCCCUUUUCUACAGCCUUAUUAAAAGUAGCAGCAUUUAUUUUCCAGUUCAGUUUCACUUAUAUUGUAUAUCAAAGUUCUACCCUACAGACCAACAAACCAACGUGAGGUACAUCACACAGCUUUCCAUAGACCCUUUUAUCCUCAGGUGCUAAGUAAACAAAGGCUCCAAAAAUGGAUACUGCUUUAGUAAUGUCUGCUUUAUUAAAACUUAUUUUGCUAGAUGUAAAGAUUUGGUGUUCACAGAAAUGGUUUUAAUAUGUAAAUAUGAAUGCCUUUAGUUUCCCCAUUUGUCUAAUACUAGUCUGUUUCAUUUAUCCUCUAGAGGAGGCUCCCUUCAUGAUUGUGAAUACAUUUCAUUAGGUAUUGUUGCAUUUUUAGAGUAAAAAUACAAUUGUUUUCUGUCUUGGAUUAAUCCUGCUGCUGCUAUGAGAAACUGAAAAUCAAGAAUGUGAUGCACUUUUUUCAUUACUAUAUACCAUACCCUUAUAGAUGGUUUGAUACCUUUCCUGUAGCACAGCCACUAACAAAAGUGAAUGAAUCUUAAAAUUGUCUUUGGGAGGGAAUCAUUACAAAUGGUAUUGGCCUAUGAAGGACAAUAAUCUAGGAAAAUAAUUCUGUUACACUUUUUGGCCUUAAAAUGUCUUCUACUACUGAAAAUCUUUUAAAUCUUAAUUUUGUUUUUAUUCCCUCUCUGCCUCAAAAAGAGGAGCUGGGAAAAAUGGUUAAAGGAUGUAUCAUUGAUUUGUUUCUGAUCUGUCUUUUAGGAAGAAAACAAUUGUCUACUAUAUAAGCUGGGGAUUUAUUUUUUGUUUGUAUAGAGAAGAAAUGCCCUGAGCAAGUCAGCUUUCAUUUAAUCAAGUCAAAGUCCCAACUAUUCUGCUUCUCUAGUAUGUUUAUACUUAGCAAAGAUAAACUUCAGUAGGAAUGAUACUUAACAAGAGGAAAAUUCGUAUCUCAAGAACAUAGCCAAACUUGAAGGAGUUUGAACCCAAAAUAAUGGAGGGAAAAAAAUCACCAAAUGGGGUGGAGGAAUAUGAGAUAGAUGUGGUCCAAAGUUAACCUGGUUAUUAUAUUUUGAUGUUGCCAUAUUGCAAAGCCAAAUUUUUAAUUUGCUUAUUUGCUAUAUUUGUUGGCCAGAGAUCUAUUUUUAUAUCAAUGUGCCUUGCAUGUAUACUUAAAAAAAAAAUUGGAAAGGCCAUGUAAUAAUGCCUGAGAUAGUUGAUGGUUCUUACCACCUCACUAAUUUUUAUGCAGUAUAUGAAAUGCUCAUUCUAUCGCCCAACUGGUGCUCUCUGUUUAAAGUUACAGAUCUUGUCACAAACUGGAACUAUUUUAUAAACUGGGGGAGUGAUUUAAUUUACUAUUUUGUUGUUUUGGGGGGUUUUUUUUGUUUUGGGUUUUUGUUUUUUUGUUAAGUCUGUUAGUGGCUGUUCUGUAGUGGGAAAUAGUAAAGGAUUCUUCCCUAUCCUUCCCUUCCCCCCUCAGCACCUUCAAGUAAUGUGAUGACACCAUUUUUUGUGUGCUUUGAAAAAAUUUCAGCUUGCUGUCUCCUUUAGUGUUCCAAAAAAGUGUUAUGAAAAGCAUUUUUUCAAAAUCUAGGGAGAUAAUGUCUAAAAAUGACAACUAAAUUAAGAUUAUGACAUUGAUAAUAUUUUUUCAAAGGGUCAAGUGUACAAAUAAUAUAAAUCUUAAAUGUGCUGUAGUUUUAUGUCAUGGCUUUUAAGAAAAAAAUCAUACAGGUUAUUAAGGUGCUUCAAUUUGGAAUUCUGUUUGAGCUGUGAUCCAAGUUACUGGCUCUUUCCAACUUUAAAAUUUUUUAUUGUUAGAGCACCUUGCUUAGAAAAAUUUAAAUAUGUCUGCAACAAUUGUCUCAAAGUAAUGAACUGUGCAAUUCUUGUCAUUAAAAAAAAAAAUCUGAACUCUCCCUAAUGUGACUUGUUAGUUUCUCUGUAUUUCCUGCCAGUGUAAAUGUGAAAAGCUUUGCUUGCAUUACGUUUUAGAAAUGCAUUUUGCACACUCGAAUUUUGCCGAGGCUCCAUGAGAAGGUUAGAUCUAAGUAGAUGAAUAAAGCUAUGCACAUGUUUUGAAAGUUUAAUUUGUGUGUCAUUACCAAAAGUGACUUGUCAUUUUGCUGUUCUUAGCUUUACUGUCUUUAGAAACAUGGCUGAAAGUUACAGUUCUGGGCUAGCUCCUCUGUGGAACUAGAAUAGAGGGAAACAGGCACCUGUUUUAAUAAACUUAAGUUUAAAUGAGAGCUUGACAUAUCUUCUAAAUAAAGGGCUUUUCUUGAAACAGGACAGCUUUACAAACUGUUGAAUGCUCUGACUUCCUCAGUGAAACUGGUUUAUUUGAUCAAAUAGAAAUAGGAAGUAAUUCAAACUGAGAGGAAGGACCUUUGCCCCAUGGAGUUAUGUGAUAAUUUUAUGUCUUAAACCUGGUUUAAUGGUAGGAUAACCUUUUUACCUUUGUUGCUUUAGCAUAAAUUGGAUUUACUGAAUGAAUGAUUGACUUGAAAUUAGAAUCAUUUACUUGUUCAAAAAUCAAAGCACAGGUUGUUUUAAAGAUAAUGUAUACCUUUAAAAAAUUGCCCAAGCUGUUUAGAAUAAGCCUAGAAAUUGGGCAAAUUUGGUUAAUUGCUACAGUCUGCAUGUACUAAAUAGCUUUACUUGUAUGUGUAUUUAAAAUAUUAUGUAGAUGUCCUGGCCAGGUUUUGUCAAAUCACCUUUUAAAAGAUUGUUUUGUAAUCUCUUCAGGACCUUUGUAGACAAGGCUAAUAAGCCUAAGAAUAAUAAUGGCACUUCCCCAUGCUUCUAGAUAAAAAAUACUUCUAUUUUAUACCUUUUUCCUAUGUGUAAAGAGGAUUACUUCUCCUUCAAGUAUACUCUUGAUACGUGUGUUGACUUGCAAAACAACAAACCACAUCUUCUGAGAGUGACAGUUAAGAACUAAGUAUACUAGUCAAGACUAAAUAGGUGGCCCAUAAUGCAUGUCCAUAACAGCAUAAAUGUGGGAGUGUGGCAUCAUCUUCGAUAACUGGCUACUCCUCAGCAUCUGUCAGCAGUUGACUUGUGUUCAGUCUUUGAACUUAUGGAAAAGCAAAGCAAUUCCUGCGUCUUGUGUGCAUAAGCAUUUAGGAACUGAGUUACCUCUUAAUCUGGGGAAAAGGAUAAUUACCACAUUACUAUUAUGUUCAAGGAUGUUUUUUCCUCUCUCUCCCAACUGAAAUGUUUUCAGUGUUUGGUUAGCCAGGUCAAAAAUAUAGGCCUUUUCUAGAUAACAGAACAGUGGCCAGGAAUUUACCCUGUUGCUAAGUGCAUAGGUAUUUGCCAUAAUAACCAUUUCUGAUGUCAUAGAUUCUGAGGAAGUGUCAGUUACAUGAUGAUCUUCCUUUAUUAAAGAUGUCUUCAUGUUCAGUGUUUUAAAAAUAUAUAUUACAAACACUCUACAUCCACACCCAGAUUUACUUAUUUUAUCAGGAAAAAAAAUUCAGAAAUUUGUAGAUCAAAUUGAGACAAUGAGUGUACAUUGUUGAAUAAAAAAUGUUAAAGUUU